GUAGGUUUUAGACCAAUGAACAAUUGCGAAAUGUAGCGCGCACUCUCGGAUUUCCGUUUUUCAGCAGUACCAGUAGUCGUAAUUAGUCUGUUUCACAAUCAUUGAAUAUAACAUUAGAUGUGUGUUGUUUUCAAAUCCAUUAUGCAAGUACAAACCGCGUGUCGUGUAUACGCAGAGGACAGCCAGUUAAAGCAAACGGUAGUCAAAUUUUAGACGAAGGCUAGCGCCUUUUAACUCUAGCAAACCAACUGGGUCGUGAAAGGCCUGAGCAUGUUGUUACGCGAGAGAGAAUGACUUAAAUACAUAGAUAGCGCUGCAACUAUGCCUUUGCAGUUGGUAGUUUAAUACAAAAUAGAUUUCUAGCUAGCUGAUUAUUUAACGAAGCUUUUUAAUAACGUUACCGUAAUGCAGUGAACUUGCGUAGUUGGCUAAAUAAUGAGAAGCAUUUAGGUAGCUAACGUUAAUCAUUUUGGUAGCUAAGUUUGCUAAAUAGAUAUCUGCCAUAGCGUGCUGGCUUAUAAACAAAGACGGGCGGUCAGCAGCUGGCUAGUUAGUGCCGAAUACCCAGUUUGGAAACACAUCAUAGCUAAUUCCAGAGGAAAAUGACAUCAGCUUCUACCAAGGUUGGGGAGAUCUUCUCAGCUGCAGGUGCUGCCUUCACUAAACUUGGGGAGCUCACCAUGCAGCUGCACCCGGUGGCAGACUCCAGUCCAUCUGGAGCCAAGUGGACGGACACUGAGAUUGACAUGCUGCGGUCAGCCGUCAGGCGCUUUGGUGACGACCUAAGCACUAUCAGCUCUGUCAUCAAGAAGCGCACUGUCAGAGCUCAGAUCAAGACCACAGUGAAGAGGAAGCUGUAUGAGGACAGUGGAGUACCCAUCUCUGAAUCUCCUAAGAAGCCCACCAAGAAGGCAUCCAUUGCCAUUUCGUCUGCGCCCCCCCCUGCAAUCAUCACAGUGCCCACCGCUCAGGUUGUUGUCACGACAGGGCUUCAAGGCCCCUCUUCUGCUCCACAAGCCAUCAAGAAACAGAAGACUGCAGAUGUGACUUUGAGUGCACUCAAUGACUCUGAUGUGAAUAGUGACUUGGUGGACAUAGAAGGAUUGGGUGAUGGCACCACCACCAAAAAACUCAACUUUGAUCAAGAGAGCCUCAGUUUGGACUCCAGUCUGAUCAUGAACUCCAGUGACCUGCCUCUCCUGUCCCGCUGACCACCUCCACCACACCCCCUGGAGAUGAUGCCCAAUAGGGAAGCCGACAGUGGCACACUGAUACCAAUGAACAGUGCAGUUCCAGUUACAGGACCUACUUUUCCAUGUCCAAUAGACAUUCAGUGGUGAAUUGUGUAGAUUUUUUUGUAUAGAGAAAUUUUCCUAAUAUUAAAAUCAGGAAGUACAAUUUUGUUUUGGUUGAAGGUGUUUGCAGGUGUAUGUAUUGACGGUAUAGCCAAUAUUACAAAAUGACAUUUUUUGUUCCAGACAUUACGCAGUCUACAGUCAUGGCUGAAUUGAGGGGGGUUAGAGGUGACUUGUUUGGUGGACUGACUGAUAGUAACAGGACAGAAAAUUUAUGCUGUAGCUCCACAAUUUAGGCAAUUAAUGGAGAUUAUCCAAGCAAUAUUCCACUCACAAACAUUUUUCCCCUUACCAUUGUGCAACGUGGAUUCAGAUCAGUUGUAUCCUCUCAUUGUCUUUUUUUUAUUUACCCUGUUUGGUGUCGUUCGGUAUGUGCAUGUAUGCGUGUACACACACACACACACACAAACACACCUACAUACAGAUGGCAACACAUUACAUAUGCAUACUGAUUCAUUUACAUAUGUAUGAGGCAGCUUCUUUUUAGUUGGAAAAUAAAUGUUUAGCAUGUAUAGGGGUCACAUCUAUCAUUCAUUUGUCAACUGAUGACCUGGAAUACAAAUGGGUAGAAUUACAAACUAGUUUUGUGCAUACAAACAAAAGGGAUGGUUGUGUGUAUGUAUUUAAAGUAAACAUCCCAAUGCACUAUACUAAUGACAGACUCAGCACCAGUCAAUAGGUACAUUUUUUGUAAAUCGUUCGCUCAAAUUCUGUCAUUUUGAAAACAUUCCAAAACUAUAAUGCUGUACAUGUUUUAUAAAGGGGCUUUCUUCCAGAGUAAUAAAAACUGCAAUGAGUUCAUGA